UCCCUAGAAGGGUACCAUUGAUUGUCUUUGGUGCUGGAAUGUUUGGAAAAGAUGUAGUAAAAUUGAAAGGGCAAAGAUGUGGUGUUGUCGGUAAACUUUUUGCAACUCUGAAGAAACGUGAAGCUGAAGGUCAAUUGAUUGUUGUCACAAUCGAUGAAUUCAAAACCUCUAAAACAUGCAGCCUCUGUUUCUAUGAUGAUAUGCAAAUUGUUAAUACCCCUGGAUUCAAGGGUACCGGCGUUCUUCAUUGCAAGCAAUGUCUAAAGCUAUGGCAGAGAGACAUUAACGCCGCUAUCAACAUGAUGACU